UGUAUCGUUUCCUCGGUCGUGCGGGGCCGGCGGCGCCUCGCCUUCACCUUUCCCUUUCGGUUUCCUUUUCCGACCCCCGGCCGGAGGAGGAGGAGGAGGAGGAGGAGGGGGCGGCAGUCUUCCCCGGGGAUGGCGGCCAGGAAGGACGCGUCGGCCGAAGAUCAGGCCAGCGAAGACUCCGAAGAGGGGGAGGAAGAAGACGUGGGCUUCUCCGAAUACGACUCCACUUGGGAGGAGGAGGAUGAGGAUGACGACGGCGACGAGGAGAAGGAGGAUCGGGCACAGCUGGAAGAGAAGCCAGGGAAGAAAGGGCGGGAGGCGGCGGCGGCGGGCGCUAAAGAGAAAUCGAAACCUCAGGAGAAGCCGGGCAGGGGGUCGCCCAGCGCCACGUGGGCCUCCGGGAUUCAGGAACGACGAAAGGCAAACCAUUCCUCCAUGGGGUUUAGAAGAUGUAAGGUAGGUGCCAAAAACGGGAGGGGUGGUGUGCCAUUCGUAGAGGUGGGCUUUGUGUUUUGUCAGUGCUGUUCUGUAGAGACGGGCACAAAACACUGUUCAGCAGCACCCACACAGGUGUUCCGUAGGCACCGCACACUUCCUUCCCUGCCUCCUCUGGGGGAUUGUUCUCUCGCCGGCAGCAGCACCCUUCCCUGUUCUGCCUCCUCCAAUUCUCUUCUCCAGGGUUUAGAAGAAGCUGAAGUCGAAGAGCAAGAAAUGUGGAAUCUGAGCUUUUACAAAAAUGAGAUUCAUUUCAAGCCUCACGGCCUUCACAUUGAAGACCUCCUCGAGAAAUGGCAGAAUGACUAUGCAACUCUGGAAGAAAACCACUCCUAUAUUCAAUGGCUCUUCCCUUUGCGUGAACCGGGGAUGAACUGGCGUGCAAAGAUUCUCACGUGCCAAGAAAUUGAGGCCUUCAAGAAGUCCAAGGAAGUCAUGGAGAGGUUUGUCCGUGCUUACAAGCUCAUGCUAGGAUUUUAUGGUAUCAACCUGAUCAACGAGGAAACGGGAGAGUUGAAAAGGGCAGAGAAUUGGUGUGAGAGAUUCGAGAACCUCAACCGAUACAGCCAUAACAAUUUGCGAAUUACUCGCAUCUUGAAAUGCUUGGGUGAGAUGGGGUACGAACACUACCAAGUCCACCUGGUGAAGUUCUUCCUGGCGGAGACCUUGAUUCAUCAGCAGCUCCCGAGGGUGUUGAGAAGUGCAUUGGACUAUUUCAUGUUCACGGUCCGAAACAAGCAGAGGCGCCAGGAACUAGUCUAUUUUGCAUGGCAGAACUUCAGACCGAAGCGCGAGUUUGUUUGGGGCCCGCACAAGAAACUCCGGAGGUUCAAGCCUCGGUCCCCAGAGUUUUUGAGCCACCAGGAGCCCAGGAAAGAGAAGGAGACUAUGGGUGGGGGAGCCUCUCAAGGCAUGGAGAAAGGUAAUGCUGAACCCCCAAAUGAAAUAUCCCAGGGGCUGAAGGAGGAGCCUUCUAGAGAUGGGGCCGAUGAGGCUGUGAAAAAGGAUUUGCCAGAGCCAUUGAAUGAGCAUACGACAGACAGAACAACAAGGAAUAGUCCGACUGGGCAACCUGGUUCCCAGACCAGCAACGAGCUGAGCUUUCCAUCUAGUGACUCCAUGAUAAACCAGAGUGGUGGGAAGGAUCCUACCUCCGCCGUAGAAGGCGAUGGAUCACAAGGUGGCGAUGCUGUAGAAUCCCAAGCAAGGCGUACAGUUGAACAUACAACCACUUCAGAAGAGGAUAGCGUAUCUACCCGUGCAUCGCCAGCAGAAGUUAAGGAGGAGAAGCGUGGUGAUAAAGAAGAUCCACCUGUUCCACCUCCUAGGGAGGAGAGUGGGAGUGGCGCAGAGGGCGAAAGUCUCAAGGAAGCCAAGAAGAGGAAGUUGGACAUGAGCAGGUUAAUGGGAGAAAAGUCAGAGUCGUCGCUCAAAGGCCCUACCGACAUUGAGAAGAUCUCCUUCAACCUUGAAGAGGUUGUGAUUGAUCCGAAAGACGCAGGCAAACGUCCACCAGUAGAGGAACAGGUGAAACUGUUGGCUUCCGAAGAAGGCACUGGGGAUGGUAGUGAUGUCAAGGAGGCUGAAUCGGUCAGUGCAGUGAUUAAAAGACGGAAGGUAGAAGAGACGGCACCAAAAGAGGGCGUCUCAAAGACACCAGGGAGGGUAGACACAGAGGGGAUACCCUUGGAGGGUCAGGUAACAAAUUGCUCUACCUCCAGGCUUGAGAGGACCGAGAAAGUCUGCCAAGAUGGAAUCAGAAUAGUUACAGAUCAUUGUGCAGACGCUUUGACCAGUUGCAGAACUGGAAGUGUGGAUUUAUUGGCUAAUUCCCAAGCUCUGAGCUCUAAGCCUGGCCUUUCAUUAGGCGACUCUCGGCCAGACAAGACGGAUGAGCCAGAAACUACCUCUGUUAUAGAAAACAAGGAGUCUCCACCUCCGGAAACCCAGCCAGCUAGCAAAAGGGAAGUUGAUAAACACUCAGGACAAGAAGAGGGAGGCAUAGAAAGAAAAAAGGAAGCUGCAACAGAGAGAAAUACAUCCUCUAAAGUAGAAAAAAGUGAAAUGACUACAGGAGGGUCCAAAGAGGAAGAAUAGGUGUCCCAGUUAGGGCUGAUCCAGCCCUAAAGUUGGGCUAUGGGGCAUAACUUUUCAUAAACAGAUUGGGACUGCUGUGUGGAUGAGUGGCUGUGAAUGUCUGUAUAUGGUUGGUUCUCUUCAUUCUUGUGCAGACAGCUGGCUCUAAAACCAAGGUCUCCAGUUGGUUGUAUCAACUGGGAUAAUAAUGGCUUCAGCGUGGAGCCCCAAGUGAAGUUCGUGAAUUGUAAACCCGAUUCUUUGAAUUCUUGAACAGAUACUGUUUAAUUUAUACUUUUUAUUGAAAUGAUUCCACAACAGUCCUGGUUUAAAAUAGAAACGGGGUUGGUUGGCUGGGUUGGGGGUGGGGAAAUGCUGUUUAAGCUACUUUGUGAACAUAUUUUCCAACGUUUACUAGAUAAUCCGAAAAAGUUGUUUUUGUUAAAUAAAAAUCUAAACUUUUGGAUUCAGA